UGUACAACUGUUCAACUUACUACUUUUCCGGGUAGCAUUUUAAGUAGGAUCAUUAACGUUUAAAAUGAUACAAUUACUGAGAACUGCGUUAUUUUAGUGCGUGAAUUUUAGUGCAGUGUUAGCAGUGAUCGGAAUACAUUUAAGUUGAUUGAAAUACGGUGAAACGUAGUAUAAGUAAUCAAAAUGGACUGGAACACAAUAAAUUAUUAUUUUUCUUCGCUAGUUAUUCUCGUGUAUGGUUGGUUGUCAUUAAUUAUCUUGACGUUGAGUAUAAUUGUGUUUUCGUACGUUUAUGAAUCAAUUCGGAGAUACAUGAAAAAGAAUAUAAAUGAAGAGUCACGGCAGAAAGGAUUACUUUACAAAAAAAAUGUCAUUGUGACGGGCGGCUCGAGCGGCAUAGGCAAAUGUGUGGCGAUCCUCGCAGCCCAGGAAGGCGCCAACGUCAUAAUAAUAGCCCGGAACUUGGAAAAACUGACGAUGGCCCAAUCGGAGAUACUCGAGGCUUGCCGAGACAAGAAGACCCAACAGAUCGAGGGUAUAUCUAUGGACAUCAGUCUCGACUACGGGCGCGUGCUCACAGCUAUCGAUGAACUGGAGAACAGGCUGGGACCCAUUUACAUGCUGGUCAACUGCGCGGGGACCGCCGUCUGCGGCAAGAUCGAAGAUACGACCUCGGAUAUGUUUAACCUGCUGCUUCAGCUGAACCUCGCAGGCAGCUACUACUGCACGAAAGCCGUGGUGCCGAAAAUGAAACAGGCACGCGAGGGCAGGAUCGUGCUCGUUGGCUCGCAAGCCUCUCUACUCGGAGUAUUCGGAUACACAGCUUAUAGUGCCACCAAGUUUGCGAUAAGAGGCUUGGCCGAGGCUCUGGCGAUGGAGCUUACGCCUCACAACGUGUUCGUCACUCUGUCCUUGCCUCCGGAUACCGAUACCCCAGGCUUUGAAGUGGAAGAGGAAACCAAGCCUAUGGAGACUAAGCUCAUAUCCAACGCCUGUGGUCUGAUGCAGCCGGAAGACGUUGCCAAGAAAUUAUUCUACGACGCUUUGGAUGGUAAAUUCUUCUCGACCAUAGGAAUGGAAAGCUAUCUGGUGACUACUGUGUGUGCUGGUAUGUCGCCGUAUAGUUCUCUGAGUGAGCUGGCCCUUCAGGUGCUGCUGAUGGGGCCUUUCAGGAUUGUCAGUGCCUUUCUCCUGUACUCCUUCCGAAAUAUUGUUACCAAGUGCAUGAAUGACAGGGAGAACCAAAAAAAGUCCGAGUAGUCUUGACAAUCGUCCAGCUAGCCGUGCAUUUAUUUUUACUUACCAAGCUUGGUUUCAUCGGAGCAUGAAAACCAAUUCUCAGGAAUUUUUCUACUGUUUUAAAUAUUAUUUUAUUUAUAAAGAUAAUGGCAAGUAUAACUUUGACAUUGUGAUAUUACAUAAUUUUUAAUGAUUAUUGUGACCAAAAAUAUUUACGUGUGAAUGUAUGAGUAACUACUUGUUUGAUUAUUUUAAAUAAUAAGCAAAAAUAA